GCCGGAGAGGGGAAAGAGCAGCCGGAGAGGGGAAGAAUACGGCGCCCCCUCUUCUUCCCCUCCCUCCUACUUUAGCCCUCCUGCGCACUUCGCCUCCAAGUCUCCGCGCAGCCAGGCGCCACUGCCGCCUCCGCGCCCCUCCGCGCUGCCCCCCGAGCCAAGCACAGCGAGCGCCGCCGCCCAGGCCCCCCCGCGGGGCCGGGGCUGGGGGCCAGCAUGGAGCACCUGGGUCCGCACCAUCUCCACCCGGGCCACGCGGAGCCCAUCAGCUUCGGCAUCGACCAGAUCCUCAACAGCCCGGACCAGAGCGGCUGCAUGGGGCCCGCCUCGCGCCUCCAAGACGAAUAUGGCCUUGGCUGUUUGGCACUGAGCGCUGCAGGGGUGAUCCGGGUGCCCGCGCACAGGCCGCUAGCUGGAGCGGUGGCCCACCCCCAGCCUCUGGCUACCGGCUUGCCCACCGUGCCCUCCGUGCCCGCCGUGCCGGGCGUCAACAACCUCACCGGCCUCACCUUUCCCUGGAUGGAGAGUAACCGCAGAUACACAAAGGACAGGUUCACAGGUCACCCCUAUCAGAACCGGACGCCCCCCAAGAAAAAGAAGCCGCGCACGUCCUUCACGCGCCUGCAGAUCUGCGAGCUGGAGAAGCGCUUCCACCGCCAGAAGUACCUGGCUUCGGCCGAGCGCGCCGCCCUGGCCAAGGCGCUCAAAAUGACAGACGCGCAGGUCAAAACCUGGUUCCAGAACCGGCGGACGAAAUGGAGGCGGCAGACCGCGGAGGAGCGCGAGGCCGAAAGGCAGCAGGCGAACCGCAUCCUCCUGCAGUUGCAGCAAGAGGCCUUCCAGAAGAGCCUGGCGCAGCCGCUGCCCGCCGACCCGCUAUGCGUGCACAACUCCUCGCUCUUCGCCCUGCAGAACCUGCAGCCGUGGUCUGACGACUCCACCAAGAUCACCAGCGUCACGUCGGUGGCGUCGGCCUGCGAGUGAGCCUGCCCGCUCCACCCCUCGUCCAGCCAAGGGGUCGCCGAAGCCUGAGAGCCAGGACUCUCUCCUACCCCUCCUCGCCUCAGAUUGCACGCGGG